AGGCAAAGCAAUGCGUCUGUUUCCGACUUGGUAAAACCACAAAGCCUGAGCACGCAACAAAACAGAGCAAGCUUUGUUUUCAUCUACUUUCUACUCAAAAGCAUCCAGCUUUCCGGGGGGGAAAGAAAGGAGCGAUUCCGUCUGCACCCUCCGACUCGCCGAGCUCGUGACCCCGCCUCCCCACCGGACCCUGAGAAGCGGCCAGGCGUUUCCGCGCCAACCGCCAAACGAGCUGCGGAGCUCGCACCUUCUCUUUCCACCCUUGGUUUAAGUAGCCGUGGCGGCCUGCUCCGACCGGUGCGUGCUGCUCAGAUCUACCGCGGCAGAGGGGGAAGCCCGAGGUUCAUGAUGGAGCACACCGCCUUCGGCGAGGAUCAGGCCAUAUCCGACCUUCGCGAUAAGCAUCGCUUGGACCUGGAGAGUUUAACGCUGACAUCACGGCCAUUCAAAACACUUGCAUUAUUUGUGCUAGCCAUUGGACAGAGUAUAAGAAGCACAUGUUCCUGUGUUCUGAAAGAAGGUUCUCGGUUGAAAUUCAUAGUUCUGUUGCUUGGUGCCACCUGUGUGCUUCUCUUGGUAACUAAUGGCCCGCAUGAGAAGCAUAUGCAGGAAUUGCUUCGGUAUGCCAGAUUUGGAUUAUGGUGGGUCAUACUAGGGGUGGCUUCAUCGAUUGGAUUAGGCUCUGGCUUGCACACGUUUGUAUUGUAUUUAGGGCCUCAUAUCGCCCUUUUCACAAUGAAAGCGGUUCAGUGUGGCCGGGUUGAUUUAAAGAGUGCUCCUUAUGACACCAUUCUUCUUAAAAGGAGGCCUUCGUGGUUGGAGAAAGAUUGUCUGGAUUUUGGACCUCCAAUAUAUCAGGAAACAAUCCCAUUUAGCAAAAUACUGCAUGAAGUUCAUCUUGAAGCUGUUCUUUGGGGCAUUGGAACUGCACUUGGCGAGCUUCCUCCAUAUUUUAUUUCCAGAGCAGCUAGCAUGUCAGGCCAAAAAGUAGAAGAGUUGGCAGAAUUGGAUGCUUCUAUCUCAAAAGAAGGUUUUCUAUCAUCAACUCUACAUCGGGCCAAGCGCUGGCUUAUGUCUCACUCACAGUAUCUUAACUUCCCGACAAUACUGCUACUUGCUUCGGUGCCAAACCCUCUGUUUGAUCUUGCUGGCAUUUUGUGUGGACAAUUUAACGUCCCCUUCUGGAAGUUCUUUCUGGCCACUUUAAUUGGGAAGGCCAUUAUCAAGGUUUAUAUGCAGACAACAUUGGUAAUUACUCUCUGCAACAACCAACUUCUUGAAUUGGUGGAGGAAAGGCUUGUAUGGGUGCUUAGCAAUUUUCCUGGAGUAUCAUCUAUGCUUCCCUCUUUAGUCACCAAGUUGAAGACAGCCAAGGAUAAGUUUUUAAUGGCCAGUGUUGCUGCAUCAGCUUCUAGUGCUGCGAAGGGGAAUAAGUGGAAUCUGUCGUUCUCUUUGAUCUGGAAUACGGUGGUGUGGCUCAUGAUCGUGAAUUUCCUCGUUCAGAUAAUCACUUCCACAGCACAGAAUUAUCUCAAGAAACAACAAGAGCUUGAGAUCAGCAUGAAGUCAUCGGCUACAAUAAGUUCCGCAUCUGAACCUGCUGCCAGAAUAUCAAAUUAAUCGAGCCAGGGCAUUUCAUCCAGCCAGAUCGUAGAGGAACACAUUCAAUUUAUAUUCAUGCCAUCACUUCCUGCAUGAGACUGAUUUGGGAGUUCGAAAUCUGAUCAUUUACCGGAUAGCUGGCAUCUUCUCCAAGAAAUCACAUUGAUAGUGUAUAUAUAACCUACCCCAUCAAGCCACCAUUUAUACAGUUAUUGAUCUACUUAGUAGAAAUCCACAAAAAGGAGAGGAGAAAGAAAAAAAGGCUUGACUAGUGCGCAAGUGUAAUGUUGGCCUUGUACAUAGCAACCAAGAUAUUGCCAUCAAUUGUACAAUAAGCAUUAAGUUUGUGCCUACCA